CCGGUGGAGGGCGCUCACGCUGCACAACCAGUGCCCUGACGGGCUCACGAUUCUGAUUUUGGUCGUCGUCAUUCCGACAGGUGUCCCAGGUUUCCUUGUACACCAUCCUGGUUGUUCACACUAACUUGGACGCACGGCGUGUUCACCUCACUACAAGUUGCUUUGCAGACCUUUUGUAUAUCCAAUUGCUCAGCUGAGCUAUGGAUUCACCGCCUAAUGUCCCGUAUCAGGCCUACAAAUCGAAACGACAUUCCCGAGCAGUCUCGUCUAUCCAUCUGGUUCCCAAUGUCUCCCCGCCGCCUAUGUCCCGCCCAUCGAGCAUGGCAUCAAUCCCCCCUUCUGUUCCAGCGCCUACAUUCACUCGUCCACACGAAUACUAUGAGUCUGAGAAGGUCUUGACAGUCUCCACAGAGUAUCCAAAUGUCAUCACAGUCGUAACAGACAAGACACGAGCACCCAGCGUCGAUAUCGUACAUUCGAGGGACCUUUCUUCCUCACCGACUACUAAUGGCUCAUCAACUAGUACCGAGUUACCUUCCCCAACAAGCAUUGAUGUUGCGUUGCCAGAUCCUGUCCAGACACCCGUACCCGAUGAGGAGCCAGUUCCACGUACAAAUGGCAAAGACAAAGAGAUGGAAUUACCAAUUUCAUCUCCUGCAUCUUCCGUAACAAAGCUUCCUCCUACUUCUCCGAAACCAUCCAAGUUCAGGCGCCUUCGUCCUCCCCCUGCAAAAUCCCCACUCGCUUCGCCUCUCCGACCACCCGUUACCCACUCCCCCGCACCAUCGACAUCCAGCCGCCAACUCGACGCACUGCAUGCAUUGCAUUCACCCGUGAUGCACAGCCGUGUCACCUCAGUUACAUCAGUAAUAUCAGAUAGUGGUAAACUACCUCCGUCAGUCUUACUUCCAAGAGCAAGCGCGCCUUUUGCUCAGAACAUCAUCAGUCCACCCCCGCGCUCGUCUUCGAUGGUCGCACCCCUGCCACCGCCGAAACUCUAUUCACCGACACCAACACCAGGACCUCUACUGCCACCUUCUUCAUCAGCCCCAGUAUCAGCAACAACCUCAACCUCAGGUUCUCCUGCAGCGUCAACUCCUUCCCUCCCCUCCACCUCAUCCGCACCUGCAUCUUCCUCUGCACAAAUACGUACAUCCACCCCUACGCGGUCUGCAGCACCCUACCGUCCAGGUUUUCAGCCCAAGGGUGUGUAUCGGCCCCGCACGGAUGAAUUUGCUGAAUACCGGACGAAACGUGUUGACGAGGGGCGGAUAGAACAGACAAAGCUAGAGCGUAGGCUCGAAAAGCUUAUCGCUCUGCAUUUUCCUGUGGAGAAUUCUGUUGAGAAGGGCGUGGGUGCGAGGAAAGAUGAGGUUAGUGUCAAUGGAAGGGGAAUGGAAAAGAGGAGGGCUUCGUCGUUUUUUAAUCUCGACCUUAAGAAUAUGGAUGCGAGUGAACUGUGGAAAGGGGUAUUGCAAAGCCAAAUGAUACAGGGCUCCAACGGUGAUACUCGAGCUGCAGAGCAGCGGAUAACACCUUGGCAGGACGAUGCUGCCGUAUCUAAAUGUCCUUUAUGCCUCGCGUCCUUUCAUCCACUCACAAACCGUAAACACCAUUGCCGCCUCUGCGGUACCAUCAUCUGCAGUCUUCCUCCAAAGCUCCCGCAACGCCAGAGCCCCUGUUCAGUGCUUUUCGUCGUCGAUGCCAAGACGCGGCGCAUCGAGGAGGUCGGGGAGGGCGUCGAUUACGGUGUGCGUCGUGCGGGUGCUGGCGAGGAGGAGAAAUUUCUCCGCGGCGUCAGAAUAUGCCGUAGCUGCAGGCCUGUGCUCACGCGACAGCAGUAUUGGCAGGAGAUGGCGAGCGUACCGCCGUUUGUAAGGUUCUAUGAUGCAUUCAUUAGUCUCGAGAAAGAGAUCGAGGAUGCGAUUCCCCAGUUUCAGGACCUGCUUCUUACACUCAGUAAUGACGACCAGCCAACUAAAGAAGCGUCCGCAGCACGGAAGCGUCUCCUGGAUGCCUUUGCUCAAUAUGAUGUUUUGGCCAAACGGAUACGUGACAUUCCUUGCAAUACAGGGUCUUCCCAGAACCACGUGCAGCUCGCAGUUCUCAGCAGGGCGAAUCUAUUUUUGCAGAAGCAUAUGUUCCCAUUACAGUCCCUGCCCAAGCCUAAAAAGCGUGAUUCAACAUCGUCACCUGUCCCUUUCGAGACACCACUUGUGGACCCCGAUUCAGACCUCGCCCAUACACUACAACCGCUUCUAGAACAAGAGGCUCUUCUCGAAUCCUUUGUCGGCGAGGCGAUGGCGCAUCGCAAGUUCGAAGAUGCGAAGACGCUUAAGGCGAACCUCGCCGAAAUCAGAGCCGAAAUCGAUCGUAUGCUAGGUGAUGCUGUGCGGUGAGAUGGAGACGCGCAUGGGGUGAUUAUAGCCGGGGUAAUCAUAGCUGGUUGACGACUCAUUCAUACACGCAAACACGAUACUAUCUUAUGAAUCUACCAUUACAUCCGCAUCCUCAUUUUAUCGCUCUGAUAGAUCUUAUGCUUUGGGACCCUCUUAUUUCACAUACACACUACCUUCAUGUAGGAUCCAGCAUAAUAUAGGCA